AUGUCUCUCCGCCAUAUCUUCCGCCCGGCGGUGUUUUCACCCCGAUCAUUCACAUACAGAGCAACAACAACCAGAACCUACGCCAGCCAGACGCCCGGAAGUCCCGUCCUGGAGAUCUUCAACCGCAAAGUAAAGCACCUACAGAAAGACCGCGCAGCCCAGAACGUAGACGAGAGCCGGAAGACAGAUUACAUCAAAGACGAGGUCGCCAUCCGGCUAUGCGAGCGAUUACUGGACAUCAAACGGGACAUUCCGAAUGUCCUCGAUCUCGGUGCAAACAGUUGCAACAUUGCCCGCGCCUUAACAAUGCCCGACCUAGACCCCAUCAACCCGAAUUCUCCGCCCCUCGCGACCCGCAUCUCGAACCUCACUUGCGUCGACACCUCGCAUGCUCUUCUCCACCGAGAUGCGGACGAGCCCUUCAAUAAGGAAAUUGUCAUCACCCGCGAGGUCAUCCCCGAUCUUGAGACUCUUCCUUAUGCGCCGAACACCUUCGACGCCGUCUUGUCUUCCCUCUCAAUACACUGGAUCAAUGAUCUGCCCUCGCUGCUGGCGCAGGUGAACUCGAUCCUUAAGCCGGAUUGUCCGUUUAUUGCAGCGAUGUUUGGUGGCGAUACCUUGUUCGAGCUCCGUACGUCGUUGCAGCUGGCGGACUCUGAACGGCGGGGCGGUGUCAGCCCGCAUGUUUCGCCAUUGGCGGAUGUGCGGGAUGUAGGCGGGCUGUUGAAUAAGGCUGGGUUCAAGAUGCUUACGGUCGAUGUGGAGGAUAUCGUGGUGGAGUACCCGGAUACGUUUGCACUCAUGCAGGACUUGCAGGCGAUGGGCGAGAACAAUGCCAUUUUGCAUCGGGAGCUGGGGCCCAUGUCGCGCGAUGUGUUACUCGCCAACGAGGCCAUCUAUCGGCAAUUGCACAAGGAUGAAGAGUCGAGGGGUAUCCCCGCGACGUUCAGGUUGAUCUACAUGAUUGGAUGGAAGGAAGGGAAAGAUCAGGCCCAGCCUCUGGCUAGGGGUAGUGGAGAGAUCAACUUGAAGGAUAUUCUGGGCGGUGGCGAUUUCUCAAAUCAGAAAUGA